UUAAAAGUUACAAGAAGUUGAAACAAACUGCUCACAGCCUCCCAGAAUGGCAGACCAGAAGCGCCUUGCCUACUCCAUCAUCCAGUUUCUACAUGACCAGCUGCAGAACGGGGGUCUGUCUCCAGAUGCUCAGGAGAGUUUGGAAGUGGCCAUCCAGUGCCUGGAGACAGCAUUUGGUGUCUCGAUGGAGGACCAAGGCCUAGCUGUGUCCCAGACUCUUCCUGAAAUAUUCGAAGCUGCUGCAGGAAAGGAGCCUGAACACAUCAGAACAAAUUCGGAGCCCAUCACCCCCUCUGAAGAUGACAUAGCUGAAGCCGAAAGACUCAAGACUGAAGGAAAUGAACAAAUGAAGGCAGAAAACUUUGAAGCUGCUGUGUCUUUCUAUGGAAAAGCAAUUGAAUUAAACCCAUCCAAUGCUGUGUAUUUUUGCAACAGAGCUGCUGCAUACAGUAAACUAGGAAAUUAUGCCGGAGCAGUGAGAGACUGUGAAAGAGCUAUAGGCAUUGAUCCAAACUACAGCAAAGCUUAUGGCAGAAUGGGCUUGGCCCUCUCCAGUUUAAAUAAACACACAGAAGCUGUUGUUUACUACAAAAAAGCCCUGGAGCUGGAUCCGGACAAUGACACGUACAAAUCAAAUCUUAAAAUAGCUGAACAGAAAAUGAAGGAGACUCCUAGUCCAACCGGAGGUCCGGGAGGAUUCGAUUUAGCGGGCUUGCUGAACAACCCUGGCUUCAUGAGUAUGGCAUCUAACCUAAUGAACAAUCCACAAGUACAACAGCUCAUGUCCGGGAUGAUUUCUGGUGGCCACAACGCCAUGGGAGCAGCAGGCACCAGCCCUUCCACGAAUGAUCUUGCCAGCCUCAUACAAGCGGGCCAGCAGUUUGCUCAGCAGAUGCAGCAGCAGAAUCCUGAACUAAUAGAGCAGCUACGGAGCCAGAUUAGGAGUCGAACU